AUGACUUGGGUCCUGCUCAUCGUCCUGCUGGCCCUGUGCUGGACCGUGCACAGCACAGAAGAGAGCUGUUCGGGCUGCGGGCUCCGGCCCUUGGCAUCUGGAUAUGGUAUGUCACGUGUUGUGGGCGGUACAAACGCCCGGCCAGGGGCCUGGCCCUGGAUUGUCAGCAUCCAGAACCGCUGGAAAACAGGCACGGGACAUACCUGCGGAGGGUCCCUCAUCAGCCCACAGUGGGUUCUCACAGCAGCCCACUGCUUUGAUGAGACCAGGGAAGCUGGCACAUGGCGCGUGGUCAUUGGGGCCACCCAGCUGAGUCAGCUGGGCCCUGAGGCUAACGUGCGCAAUGUCAGGCAGCUGCUGCUUCAUGAGGACUACAGUAACAUCUCAAUGAGGAAUGACAUUGCUUUGCUGGAGCUGGACCAGCCCGUCCAGUGCAGCUCCUACAUACAGCUUGCCUGCGUGCCCGAUGACUCAGUGAGAGUGCAGAAGCUGAAAAUCUGCUACGUCAGUGGUUGGGGUGCCACCACGGCAAGAUCUGCAGAUAUAAGUGAUGUCCUACAGGAAGCCAAGGUCCGGCUUAUUGAUGUCAAACUCUGUAACAGCAGCAAGUGGUACAAAGGGGAAAUCCACACCUACAACUUGUGUGCUGGCUAUGCACAGGGUGGAGUCGAUACCUGCCAGGGUGACAGCGGUGGUCCUCUUGCCUGCAAAGAUAACACAGAUGACUACUACUGGCUGGUUGGAUUAACCAGCUGGGGGAAAGGCUGUGCAAGAAUCAGACGGCCUGGAAUCUACACCUCCACCCAGAGCUUCUAUGACUGGAUCACGGCACAGAUGGGACUGUAUUCAACAACUACUCCAACACCACAGCAAGUCUUCACCUCAACCUUCCUUCAGACUCCCAGCCCAACAACAACACAAUCAAGCUCAGGUUGCCUAUUUCCACCAGAUAAGCUGGUGAAAUUCUUUAAUGUGGUGCAGGAGCUUAUGCAGUUCCUAAAGGAUGAAAAGUCUUGA